AUGAACUGGUUAAAGUCAACUCUCUCCGCUGUGGUGGGCACCGAGGAGCCUAUCUAUGGCCCAGAGGCUAUCCAGUCUGUUGCACAACAGACCGAGACCACUCCAUACACUGAGGUGAACAAGGAGAUUCUGCGCUGGCGCGCAUACUCCUACACCAAUGUCGAGACCCAGACCUUCUACAUCAUGGCCGACAACGGGACAGUGGUGUUCGUCCAGGUUAUUUACAGUAACAUUGUCGGAAUUCACACCACCGCCCAGUUUAACGUGAAGAUCUUCGACCUCAGCUCAAAGGGCAACAACAAGUGGUACUCGGAUCCUCUGUCCAACUUCAUGUUCGAUGAGAACAUGACCUCUUUUGGCGCCGACAACCUUUCCCUGACUCUUAACGAGGAUGGCGACUCCUACACCAUCAAGUCCACCGUCAACAGCGGCAGCUUGGUGGAUCUCAAGUUCUCCCGAACCGCCCCCGGUUUCGUCGUCGGCAAGGACGGCACCUCAUACUUCGGAACCGAUCCCAAGAACCCCUGGGGCUCCAUGCGUCACGCCUUCUGGCCCCGCUGCUCCGUCGAAGGCAGCAUCACCACAAGUGACCAGACCUACGAUCUGGCCGGUCGUGGUGUUUUCAUCAUGGCUCUGCAGGGCAUGAAGCCUCACCACGCUGCCGCCCGCUGGAAUUUCAUCAACUUCCAGACCCCCACCUACUCCGCCAUUAUGAUGGAGUUCACUACUCCCCCCUCUUACGGCUCCACCAAGGUCAACGUAGGUGGUAUCGUCAAGGACGGUGAGAUCAUCUACGCCGGCGCAACAAACACCGUCGCCCAUACAGCAACCGGCCAAGACGAGGGCAGCGACUGGCCUGCGCCCCAGGCAAUCAAAUGGGAGUGGACCGGCAAGACCUCCGACAGCAAGGAGCUCUCCGCCGUAGUCGAAGGCCCCCUCGGCCCUCGUCUGGACCGCAUCGACGUCAUGGCUGAGGUGCCAGGCUUCAUCAAGAGCAUUGCUGGCAGUGUUGCCGGGACUCGGCCGUACAUCUUCCAGUACUCGCCCCAGGAGAAGCUGUCAUUGAAGCUGAAGAUUGGCGACGAGGAGAUCACUGAGGAAGGAACCAUGUUCUCUGAGUCUACUUUCAUCUCGUAG